AUGGAAUCCCCGCGUCGGGUUCUCCUUACGGGAGCCAACGGUUAUAUCGCGCAGCAUGUCCUUUCGCAGCUUCUCGAAGCUGGACACUCGGUACGCGCCGUCGUUCGCUCGCAAGCCAAGGUCGAUAUCCUCAAGAAGACUUUCGGUAAAUAUGUAGAUACUCCGCAGCUAGACUUCGGCGUCGUGCCGGAUAUCACCACUGCCGGUGCCUUCGACGAUGUGCUAGUAUCUGCUCCGCCCUUCGAUGCCGUCAUGCAUACCGCCUCCCCUUUCUUCCUGCGCCCGGUCAAAGGAGAGGUGUUCCUAGAGCCCGCGAUCAAGGGCACGACGGAGGUCUUGAAGAGCAUAGCCCGAGUAGCGCCGAGCGUGAAGCGCGUGGUCAUCACGUCGUCGUUCGCGGCUAUCGGCUCUAUGCACGUCGACCCCAUCUCGAACCCGCCUAAGACCUACACCAGCGAAGAUUGGAACACCGUGACUCUCGAAGAGGCGAUGGCUACCGAGAAUCCCUUGGUCACGUACCCGGCCAGCAAAAAGUUCGCGGAGAAGGCGGCGUGGGAUUUUGUGAAAGAGAACAAGGUCAACUUUGAGCUGGCGACGUUAAACCCGCCAGCGGUUUUUGGGCCCCUGGUCGACCCGUCUCAAUACACGAGUACGGACCAGCUAGGCGAGACCUGUUCGUGGAUCUACAACUCGUUCGUCAGCUCUAGCUUGAAAGCGAGCGAUCCGGUACCCCCCACGUUCGUCUAUGCGUGGAUUGACGUGCGCGAUCUUGCGCGCGCCCAUCUACUUGCGAUGACGGUGCCCGAGGCCGCGAACAAGCGAUGGUUCCCCGUUGGCGGCGAACUGGGCAUGCAGGGAAUUAGCAACAUCCUACGAGAGGCGUUGCCAGAGAAGCGGGACACGAUACCUGUAGGCGAACCGGAGAAGACGACGAAGCCAGAGGGAUUCUACGAAUGCAGCGCCCCGGAAGUCGAGAAGGUGUUAGGCCUGACAUAUACGUCGGCGGAGAAAUCCAUCGGAGAUCUAGCCCCGCAGUUGGUCGAGAUCGAGAAGAGGGCGGUCGGAGCGGGCAUCUUCGAGCGUCUGUAUGCGCUGCUGAAAACGCGUCUGCCCCAGGUCACUAAGAGCAUUUCCCGGAUCGUUGCGGAUAACAUGACGGGCUUCAGUCUACCUAGAUAG